AUGACUUUUGAAUCAAAAGAUCUUGAAAAUAGUCAUUCAAGAGAGAUGGAUACUAAAAAGGAUACUAACAUAAAUAUAAAGAGUUCACCGAAAUCUACAAAGUUGGUUCGAACUGUUUAUAUCUCAUCUGCAUUGGCUGCACUUGGUGGUUUUGUUUGUGGAUAUGACUCUGGUGCUGUCACUGGUAUUAUGGUUAUGGUACCGUUUAUCAAUUCCUAUUCAGAGUUGGCCGAUGAGAAUACCUAUGUCUACUACUCUGGUCUGUGUUUUGCGUUGAUGUUGAUGACUGCCGCGAUCGGUGCUUUCGUUUCCGGUCCGAUCUGUGAUAAGAUCGGUCGUAAGUGGAGUAUUGUCAUGGGUGCCUAUAUCUUUGCUCUCGGUAUUCUCUUUGAGAUCAUCGGACAGAAGUUUGGACUGUUGCUAGCGGGUCGUCUGGUUGCCGGUUUCGGUAACGGUUUGAUAACGAACGCCGUGCCACUCUAUCACUCUGAGAUUGCGCCACCCGAUAUCCGUGGACGUCUUGUCACGCUCUUCACUGUGAUGGCGUCGUUCGGUACCGUCUGUGGCUACUUUAUCACCUUUGGAACUUCCUACCUAACCAGCCAAUGGGCAUGGCGUGCACCAUGGAUCGUCCAGCUGGUGAUUGCCGUCUUCCUCGGCUCGUUUGUCAUUCAGUUGCCAUACUCACCGCGUUGGCUCUUUGACAUCGGUCAGGAGCGUGAGUCACUCGAAGUGCUUGCCAAACUGCGUGAACUGCCAACCGACGAUCCAGCCGUUGUCGCCGAGUACGUCGAGAUCAAAGAACAGAUCUCCGCUGAGAAAUCGCUCGGUAAUCGUACCUACAUCGAGCUGUUCUACCGUAAGAACUUGAAGGCGACACUGAUCGCCUUCUUCAUUGGUAUUGCCACUUCGUUCACCGGUAUCAAUGCCAUCCUCUACUAUGGACCAUCGAUCUUUAUGGAUGCCGGUCUCAGCGAUGUAUCCACCUCGAUCGCAGCAUCUGGUGGUACCGCCAUCGUCUCGUUUGGCGCAACCAUCGUUUCAUUCUACCUGAUCGAUAUCUGGGGUCGUAAGAAGCUCUUCAUCUUGGGUGCCAUUCUCAUGGGUAUUGCCAUGUUCAUCGUUGGUGCAAUGUUCCAGGGUUACUCUUACUUUGAUGCCGACGGUUAUGUCAUCAUGGACAAUGUUGGUGCAAGAACCGUCAUCAUCAUUUGUAUCUACGUUUUCAUGGGAUCUUUCAACUUGACUUGGGGUGUUGCAUCUUAUGUAUAUCCAGCUGAAAUCUUUAACAUGAGAAAUCGUGCAAAAGGACUUGGUUUAACCUAUGGUCUUAAUUGGGCAUUCUCUAUUCUUGUUACCUAUUGUAUGCCAUUGUUUAUGGCUUCAACUUUGUCCGGAGUAUAUUUCUUCUUUGGUUCAUGUUGUAUUGCCAUCACCAUUGUUGUCUUUUUCAUUCCAGAGACACGUAAUAUUACAUUGGAAGCUAUGGAGGGUGCAAAGAAAUCAAUUUUGUCUUUACAAGAUCGAAUUGGUUUUGGAGCUGAGAUUAUACCCUCAUACCGGAAACAAGACAAUGCUUGCGUCGGAAUAGUGUCAAUCUACUGUGGUUGGUGGAUGUUUGUUUGUUGUCAGAGUGAUCAUCAUUUAAAUGACUCGACAAGACAUAACACAUCGACCCAGUUUGGAUUGAAUUUAUAA